AUGGCAUCAUCCAGCACAGUUUCAUGUGGUGUUUGUAACUCUCAGCACACGACAACAAAUGCUGACUACUGGUGCCCUGAAUGUGAUGAAGGACUGUGCUUCCAAUGUCUGAAAUAUCACAAUGCAUCGAAAGCCUUACGUAACCAUGAUGUUAUAUCUGUCGACAAUUAUAAACAAUUACCUCCCUCGAUAGCUAAUAUAUCACCAUACUGUUCACAGCAUGACAGAAAAUUCAAGAAUUAUUGUCCGCAACAUGAAAGUCUCUGUUGUCCACUGUGUAUUCAAUCCAACCAUGCUAACUGUGUGGGGAUAUUAUCGCUUGAGAAUGUCAUACAAACAGCAAAGACUUCAGUCUUAUUUGAAAGUCUUGAUCAGAAUCUGAAAGAUAUCAAAAUGAAUAUCUAUAGAGUUGUUAAAGAUCGGAAACAAAAUCUUGUUCAAAUCCAGAAUCAAAGGCAGAAAUUUCACGAUGAAAUAAAACAGGUCCGUAAUAGAAUUAACGAGCACCUUGACAGCUUAGAACAAAGAAUACUUCAGGAUCUAUAUGCUGCCGAAGAGAAAGUUAAACCACAAAUAGAAGACUUACUGGGAAAAUUGGCUGAACAUACGGAAACAUUGGAUUUAUUGCAAACUAAUAUGUCAGCUAUCAAAGAAUAUGCGUCAGACCUACAAGCAUUUCUUGGGAGUAAAAUGAUUGAAACAGAAAUUAAGAAACAUGAAAUAUUUAUGCAUUCUUUAUUUGAGGACGGUAGUUUACAGAAGAUAGACUUGAACUGUAAAAUUGGGGACAAUUUAUCCGACGUAUUGUCCACUGUUACUUCAUUCGGUUCAAUAUCUGUUGCAUCGAGUUCUCCAUUGGUAGUAUUGCAGACAGAGAAAGACAAACAAGCACAGAAUAGAACUUUUCAUCGUGCACCACUAAUAGCUAUCAAUGAUAUCAAAAUGACGUCAAAACGAAAAUUUGAAUUUAGUGGUGUCACAGGGUGUUCUUUUUCUAGUACGGAAGACAUCAUCCUAGUAGACUACGACAAAAAACGUCUUCUGAUCUUAAAGGAAGAUGGAACCUUGAAGAAUGACAUACCUUUAUUAAAUCCAAACCCAUUAGAUGUCACUUGUAUCGAUGACAAGACAGUCGCUGUUUCAUUUCCUUAUUCAAAUCAAAUUCAAAUCAUCAACAUUUUAACAAAAACAAUUGGAAGCAGGAUAAAAACAACCAGUAACUGUUACGAUAUAUGUUACAGAGAUGGAUACUUAUUAUACUGUAAUACUGGCACAGGUAUACAGAAAGUAAAUGUGUCAGACAAUUGCUCUUCUACUUUGAUUAAAGACGAAACCUUAUCAAACUGGAGUUUUGUAACAACAUCCAAAGACAAGAUAUUUUAUACCAAUAAUUUACACCAUACAGUUACAUGCUGCUCAUUGACUGGAGAGAAGUUGUGGGAAUACAAAGAUCAAUCAGUUCGUUCUCCGCGGGGGAUAUCUGUAGAUAAAGACUCGAACGUUUAUAUUGCUUCGGCAAGUAACAAUAGCAUAAUCGUAUUGUCGUCGGAUGGAAAAGAAGCAAGAAAGCUGCUUGGGAGUGAUGACGGAAUAAAUCAAUCUUAUGCACUCGCGUUUGAUGUAAAGAAAGAAAAACUCAUAGUUGCGAAUUAUCAUGGACCUAUUUUGUACGGACUCUGUUAGGACGCAGUUCUGAUUACGUGGUUUACAACUGCAAAAGAAAUUUGGUAAAAAUACUCAAAUCUACCUGAAAUCUAUUGAAAUGACAACAAUUUCAGAGUUCAAACAGAACAUUAUAAUUUUCUUUACAAAAUUUCCUUUUAAUCAUUUCUAUCAGGCGAAAUAUUAUGUCUGGAGAUAAACAUUUUACACAUGAUUAUCAAUUUCCCUGAUUUUUAAAUUUAUUGUGAUUAUUUUUUUAAUAUUACAAAAGGAGAAGGGUCAUUUAAACCUCUUUUUAUCUCCAAAAUGCGCUUAAAAGUUAUUUUCUUGUUAUGCUAUCAGCAGAUAUUGUUAUUUAAUGUAAAUCUCUAACUUUCAAUGUUUUAAUAUUGUUGCACCUGAAAAAAAAUAUGUUUAAGAUGGAUAUGACCUAUAAAGGAUCAAAAAAGGGGGACGAAAGAUACCAGAGGGACAGUCAAACUCAUAGAUCGAAAACAAACUGACAACGCCAUGGCCAAAAAUAAAAAAACAAACAGACAAAUGAUAGUACACAAGACACAACAUAGAAAACUAAAGACUAAGCAACACGAACCCCACCAAAAACUGGGGGUGAUCUCAGGUCCUCCGGAAGGGUAAGCAGAUCCUGCUCCACAUGUGGCACCCGUCGUGUUGCUUAUGUUAUUACAAAUCCGGUAAAUAGUCUAAUUCGGUAGGUCACAUUCGUGAAAAGGGAAGGGUAUUGUAGUUACGACAUAAGGAACAUAUGCGAUAUCAUCUGUGAAACAGUUAUUCCAUAACGGUCAAGCAUUUAUAAAUUCAAGGAUUGUUGAAUAAUUUUGAGCAUUCCUAUUGAUGGUAAAGGUAAAUCCAGAAAAAGCACCAUGGACGCAUAUAAUUUAUAUAGAGUUAUUUUCAGGUACUUCAUAUAUUUAUUGGUGAUAGAGUGGAAUGUUGAGGGAUACACAAACAUAAACAUAAAUCUGCAGCAUUUGAGAGAGAACUGUAUAAUGUUUUAGUUUGUGUAGACAUUCAGAAGUCAAUAUUAUGAUAAGCUUGUUGGCACCAUUAAACAGGUCAGAAAACAUUAGAA